UAUUCUAGGGUUUAUUCUAGGGUUUACACUAGGGUUUCCCUCAAGCAUUCACAGUCCACCAGCAGACUCCCAUCUGAUGGCUUGUUCUGUAGUUAUGACUGGUUGUAGAGGCUUUGUGUCAAUUAAUUUAAAAUGAAUAUUCAUUAAGUCACUAAUAUAGUGCGUAAAUUAGUAUGCUGGAUUCAUGAUAGUGCAGGAGACUAUUUGGAGUUUCAUCCUCUGGGAUUUUUUUUUUUUUUUUGGGGGGGGGGGGGGGGGGUCAUCAUCUCCUGCACGCGCGAAAGUGAGUCUAUAGUUUAGUUUGACUUUUCCAGCAUUUGAGUGGCACUUUAGCAGAGACCACACGUAAUUUUUGGCUGCUGGACGGGGACGCACAAGGAGAGGAAGAGGAGGAGGAAUAAAGUGUGUGUGUCAAAGUGUAGCCAAUGUGUGUGUGUGUGUGUGUCCUGGAUAGGUGGGCUGAGCUCGCGCUACACGCCAAUCAAACACGAGGCAGGUGCGUGGUAGAGAGCGAGAGAGAGAGAGAGAGAGAGAGAGGGAGGGAGAGAUUAGGACUGCGCGUGGUAUCUCUUGAAAAGCGAAUAAAGCCGGUGCGAGCGUCGCAGUUUACUCACAUCUCACAGAGCAGAGCAGCACACUCUCCGACAGUUGGAGACGAAAGCCGGCACCGCAUCCAUCCAGCGUUUCCACGGAUACAACUCAGUGUUCCAUAUUCUGUUCCGUCUGUGUUUAUUCUAAACAUGAGUUCUUUACAGAUGUGCAGGAUACAUCGAUUCCUCUCGUGACUGGGGGAUAUUUUCUGAUCGUUUUCUCGGGAGUCUAUUCUCGGGAGUCAGAGGUCGUUCUACAAACAGUUUUCCUCCAAGUAUGAACAAGACCCAUCUUUCGAGCACUAAUGACAUCAUAAUGACGAGCUCAUCAGGCCCCUACCAGCAGGAACCCCUGACACCGCCCAGGCCCGCCCAUCACCACUCCUCAUCCUCUUCCUUAUCCUCCCCCUCUCCGUCCUCCUCACCCCUCAAGCCAAACCAGGUCGGCCAGGUCAUCCUAUACGGCGUUCCCAUCGUGUCGCUGGUCAUUGAUCACAACGAGAGACUUUGCCUGGCACAGAUUUCCAACACACUCCUCAAGAACUACAGUUACAAUGAGAUUCAUAAUCGCCGCGUGGCGCUGGGCAUCACCUGUGUCCAGUGCACUCCGGUUCAGCUGGAGAUUCUUCGCCGGGCCGGCGCCAUGCCCAUCUCAUCACGCCGCUGUGGCAUGAUCACCAAGCGUGAAGCCGAGCGCCUCUGCAAGUCCUUUCUGGGAGAGAACGCGCCGCCGAAGCUGCCCGACAACUUUGCCUUCGAUGUGACACACGAGUGCGCCUGGGGUUGCCGUGGUAACUUCAUCCCGGCACGCUACAACAGCUCCAGGGCCAAAUGCAUCAAGUGCGCUUUGUGCAACAUGUACUUCUCCCCAAAUAAGUUCAUUUUCCAUUCCCACCGCACACCAGAAGCCAAGUACACCCAGCCCGACGCUGCCAACUUUAACUCCUGGCGACGACACCUCAAACUCUCUGACAAACAACCACCCGAUGAGUUAGCCUUCGCAUGGGAAGACGUCAAAGCUAUGUUCAACGGAGGCAGCCGGAAGAGAGCACUGCCCUCCUCAUCCCAUUGCUCCUCCAUGGGUCACAUGAAGAGUCUCCAAGGUUCGGUAGUGCCUCACAUGAUGGGGCAGGACCUAGGUGCUCAGAAAAGAGCCCGCUUUGAAGAUGACGAUGAUCUGGAUGGAGGCAGUCUGUCUCCCCGUAAGGCACCGCGCAGCUACCCUGUCAUCCCUGUACCGAGCAAAGGCUUCGGCAUGCUGCAGAAGUUCCCUCCCACGUCGCUCUUCCCCUCGCCUUACCCCUUCCCGACAUUCGGCCUCUGCCAGCAGAAAAAAGAUGACGGUGAUGUUUCAGGUGCGCAGAAAGGAGCAGGGUUGUCGGGCCUUUUAUGGCCUGGACGCAAGGACACUUUUUAUCCUCCUUUCUGCAUGUUUUGGCCACCAAGAGCGGCAGGAGGAAUCCCCGUCCCCACCUACCUCCAGCCUCAGCCCAGCGCCCUCUCCUCCCUGGCAGACAACCCCUCUCUCAGGCAGGCCUUUUUGGAUCUCUCAGACCCCGGCGAGCCUGGAGCUGUUGCCGGCAACGGAAAUAGUGUCAGCGCAACCAUGGCCCCCGGCAGCGGGACUACCACACCCAGAACCGGGCUGUUUGACCCAGAGUGCACAACAGUGACCCCUGACCUUCGCCCCGUGACGUCAGAGGGCUGGCUCAAACUCCUGGACCCCCCGACCCUGCAAGCCAGGAAGCAGAGCUACGGCUCGGCCUUCCGACCUGUCAUUAAGGACGCCGAGAGCAUCGCCAAGCUCCACAGCAACGGCGGAGGAGUCGCCGGGGCGACAGACGAGGACUUCGGGGUCGUGGUCACCAGGUCGGACCGCCACCAGCGGCUGUCGCCCAGCAGCAGCUGUAGUUACGGAAGCGACAGUGGAGGCGACGGAGAGGCGGAGGGAGUGGAGAGCGAGGAGGAGGGGGAGGUGGACGUGGAGUCGUCGAAACAGGAGGACGAGGACGAGGAGGGGAGCUUCACAAGCAGGCCGCCACAGACUCAAACCAACCUGUACCUCCCUGCGUUGAGCGACAGUCACGGAGAGGAGCGGGGGAAGGAGAGAGGGAGUGGCGCCGUGUACACCAGCACCUCCCCUCCCUCCUCCUCGGACCCCAUCCAGCAGGAGUCCCCCAGCCCGCCCGCCUCGCCUACUGCCAGCCCGCCUCUCUCCAGCUCCACCCCGCCUCACCGAGAGGACCCAGCUUACAAAAACGUUCACAAAAACAGAGACGAAGGACUACCUGUGUACGCAACCAAAGACAACUCCAGCAUUUCUGACGAAAACAAAGAGCAGAAUAGUUUCUUUGUGCCGGAGAGUGAGACGUCAGCGCCCGACUACUGGAGGGAAAGCUCAGGUGAUCAGAGCCAAGGUGCUGCCUCUCCUGCGCCGCUAAAGAAGGACGUCGAGAACAUGGAGAAAGGUAAAGAGGAGCUCCAGAAGGUUCUGCUGGAGCAGAUCGACUUCAGGAGGAGACUGGAGCAAGAGUUUCACGCUCUGAAGGGCACCUCGCCAUUUCCUGUCUUUCAUAAUUUCCAAGACCAGAUGAAACGAGAGCUCGCCUACAGAGAAGAGAUGGUCCAACAGUUACAGAUGAUUCCCUACGCAAACAUCAUCAGAAAAGAAAAGAUCAGCUCCCAUCUCAACAAAUAGCUAAAAGGCUGAGUCAAUAAAGUCCCAUGUGAGAGGAAGAAGCUACCUGGAUUUCUGUGAAUGUCCCAAGAAGAAGAAGAAACAAACACUAAGACUGGCAGAGAAAUAUAGGAGAGAGACACAAACAAAAAGGAAUAUGACACUAUAUAUAUAUAUAUAAAUACAUUUCUUAAGUUUUCCUUGGACAGUGUUUUUUGUCUGCCUCUGUUAAUAGCCCCGCACUUAAACUCUGUCUGGUAAAAACCCAUUUGGACCAGUUUGUACUGCAGUGGGGUAGCACGCUGUUUCCUUUUUCCCUGCGUCCAGUUUAUUUCCCAAAACUGACUGAACUGAAAUGGGCACAAACUGACGACAACGGGGGAAACCGAACGACUCCUGCUCUUUCCUUAUUGCUGCGCUGGCAGUCAGACUCAUAGCUUUACCCAACCCGGACCAAAGCAACCACAACCUUUCUCAUCUUUUGUGAAUUUUAGGGCUGUUGAAGACCACCAGGGAGGUAGAAAACUUUGUCAGAAAACUCUGAACUUUUUCGAGCUCUUAAAAGAUGAAGAGGAGAGAGUCAUAGAUACAGUAAGACUGAUGUGUCAUUGACUGCUGCUGGCCCAACUGUACAUACACCAGAUUGUGGAUGAGGACGAACUUCACACUAAGACUGUUGCUGUCGUUAUCAUUGUUGUUGCUGUGGUGUCACCAAAUGGGGACCCUAAAGAGUAACAAACAAACCAACCUUUAUGUACUGGCAACAUUUGAUCCCAAAGGGAUUCUCCUCAUCAUGUCCAGUUGUGUUUAUUGACCAAAUCACCAUCACCAUCGAUUAUCAACAUGGUUAUCACUGAAGAGGUCACAUGUGGGUGGUGACUUGAUAAACCCAUACAUGUUUAGUCCGUUAGAUAUCUCUAACUUGAAUAUGCCAGAUGAAGAACAAACUAAAAGGGGGGGAUGACUGAAGUAUUGGUGUUUUGGGUUUUAAACCUAAAGAUGCAAUGAGACCAGUAUUAAUACAGGGUGGUAUCACAAAAAGGGUUGACGCUUUAAGCUAACUGUACACUGGCAGAACAGUUUGUACCCAUAGUUUUAGUAUUUGGGAGUGAUUUCUGAGUGUACAAAACAAAACAAAAUACAGUAUUAUGUUCAAUGCAGAUGAUGCUGCACUGAUUAUACAUGUUUUUUAUUUAUACAGGAAGACAAAACAACAUCCUGUGUCACAGUAUAUAGUUAGGAAACAGUCUUCUACUGUUCAUUUCUAAGCACAGCUGGAGAAUCAUUUCUCUCAAAGGCACCCCGAAGAUACUUUUUACCCUCCAUCCAUAUUUUUUAACCACAACCCAUAGGUUUCACCUCCACCAAGAGGUGACGGUAAUAUCGCACACCAUCAGCUAAAUGUGUUUGGGGGUGUCGUCAGAUGGUAAAUCAACAUUUUAAAGGCCAAUUAUGCGUACUUGUUUGCUCUCCAAAUGAGAGUCCGGGCCACGAGGAGCAAAAGACUGAUGUUUGUCAGUGUUGUAUAUCUUACCUGUAAAUGAUUCCACCUGACUGUAUAAAAUGUCAUAGUGGGAAUACUGAACCUCACAGUCAGUCUAUCUAUAUGUGUUUGUUUGUUUGUUUAUUUAUUUGAGUACCAGGGCCUAAGACCCUGAUUGUGAAAAUAUAAUUUAUUAUAAUGUUAAAAUAAAAAAGAAAGCAACAUGUUGUUGAUGAUGAUGAUGUUGCAGUCAAAGUCAUGUCCGAGAGAAUAAAAAUGAGAACUCACCCACCUUGUUUAUAGAAUGCAAUGAAUGAAUGGAUAAAGUUGUCAUUUACCGAGAGAAACGUUAUCAUUAUAAACUGUUAAUGCAGAUGUAUUUAAAUAUGUUCUUGUAGUUUCUCUACUAUUUAUGUGUAAAUUAAAAGUCUAUACAAUAACCAGGAUGUGGUUUCUCAUUAGGCCUAUUUUCUGUUUGUGGUAAUGAAAUCAUUUUUAGUUUCAUGCUAAUAAGUCAUCACACCUCCCAAAUGAAGAAUAUAAAUAAAUAUGAUAUAAAACGCAUGGAUUGGUAAAAUAAAGACACAACUAGGCUACAGUUCAUACAAAUGAAAUGGAAAGAGACGUCACAGCAAUGGUCAGUUGAUCAUGAUAAGAAAAUAGGUCUAUGAAUAUCAAGAUGUUUUGAAAACAUUAGAUAUUUAGACAUGACUACAACAUAAUCAUUUGUUUUUAUUUAUUUAAAUUUUUGUAUUAUGGCUUUAAAGGC